AUGGGACGUAAUUUGCAUUACAUAAAGCAGAGAAGAGCACAGUUAGGUCUUAGUACAUAUAAUUUGUGCAGAGAUGGCGGGCGUAAACUGGGCAAUGAACAUGCAGAUAGAUAUAGCUCAAUUUCUGGUAUUCAGCUACCAAAAUUGAACUUCCCUAGGAAGACAUGGAAUACUAGUAGAAGGUUCUCAACUACUUCUGCAGUUCUAGCCGAUUUUACCAAAGACUUUAUGGCAUCAAUGUUUGAGAAACAAGAAGCAGACCCUAAGACUGUUGCUGCUAUCAUAUUAGGUGGUGGAGCUGGAACAAGACUCUUUCCUCUUACUCGAAGAAGGGCUAAACCAGCUGUAAGUAACUCUAAUGCUCCUGAGAUAGGAGUACCAAUUGGGGGAUGCUACAGGUUGAUUGAUGUUCCAAUGAGUAAUUGCAUCAACAGUGGAAUUAACAAAAUUUACAUCCUCACUCAAUUCAAUUCUCAAUCCCUUAACUGCCAUAUUGCUCGAACAUAUAAUCAAGGAAAUGGUGUAAACUUUGGUGAUGGAUUUGUUGAGGUACUAGCAGCUACCCAAACACCCGGUGAAUCUGGAAAGAGGUGGUUUCAGGGUACAGCAGAUGCUGUAAGACAAUUUAUGUGGUUGUUUGAGGAUGCCAAGCUUAGACACAUUGAGAACAUUCUGGUAUUAUCUGGUGAUCAUCUUUAUCGAAUGGAUUACAUGGACUUUUUGCAGAAGCAUAUUGAUUCGGCUGCUGACAUAUCUGUCUCUUGUCUUCCUGUGAAUGACAGCCGUGCAUCGGAUUUUGGGUUGGUAAAGAUUGACGAAACAGGACAGAUAAGGGAAUUCCUUGAGAAGCCAAAGGGUGAAAAUUUGAGAUCUAUGAAGGUGGAUACAACUGUUUUAGGAUUACCGGUUCAAGAUGCACGGAAAUUUCCAUACAUUGCAUCGAUGGGUAUAUAUAUGUUCAAGACAGAUGUGCUGCUAAAACUUCUCAGGUGGAAUUAUCCAACAGCCAAUGAUUUUGGAUCAGAAAUUAUUCCAAUGUCUGCAAAAGAGUAUAAUGUUCAGGCAUAUCUUUUCAAUGGAUACUGGGAAGAUAUUGGAACUAUAAAAUCUUUCUUCGAUGCCAACUUGGCCCUAACAGAUCAGCCCCCAAAUUUUCACUUCUUUGAUCCUCUGAAACCAAUCUUCACUUCUCCUCGAUUUCUGCCACCAACUAAAAUAGAGAAUUGCCGGGUCAAGGAUUCCAUUGUUUCGCAUGGUUGCUUUUUAAGGGAGUGUAGUGUUGAGCAUUCGAUUGUCGGCAUUCGCUCUAGGCUGGAAUAUGGAGUUCAGCUGAAGGAUACCAUGAUGAUGGGUGCUGAUUAUUAUCAAACAGAGGCUGAGAUAGCAGCCUCUUUAGCAGAAGGAAGAGUUCCAGUUGGUGUCGGGAAAGAUACCAAAAUUGUGAAUUGUAUAAUCGACAAGAAUGCGAGAAUUGGAAAGAAUGUGGUCAUAGCAAACAAAGAUAAUGUGCAAGAGGCAGAAAGACCAUCUGAGGGAUUCUAUGUCAGAUCAGGAAUAACUGUGAUGAAUGAUACUAGCGGUCGAGGGACACUCCUCCAAGACAACCUGGUCGCCAUCACCCAAGCUCUCCAUUCCUUGGGCCAUGAGUUGCCAUAA